UGAUGAACAUUUGAAUAGACACUCUCCCUUUUGCGAAGAAUGGGACGGAAGGUGGAGAAGCUCCCGAAUCCAGCAGCGUUUCUGAGAGAACCGUUUCACGUCUUGGCCACGACGCUCCUCGCCCUUCUCCUCCCUCUCUCGUUCCUGCUCGCGUCGAGGCUCUCUCUUUCCGGCUACUUCUUCAGCAGCCUUGCCCCUGCGGAUCACGCCCUCGAGCCAAUCGCCCUCCUCUUCUCUCUCUUCUUCGACACCAACCCGACUCUCCUCCUUGUCCUUCUCUCCAUCCUCGGCAUUGCCACCCUUGUUCAUUGCCUCGCCGGCCACAUCGACGUCCUCGGCAAGUUGGUCGGCUCGGUCCACCGGCCUGGCCUUUACUUGGCCUGGGUCUUGCUAUGCGCGUCCCAAAUUUGCCUCCUUUUAGGCAUCGGGGGGAGCUUAGUUCUUGGAGUAGUUAAAGGCUCAAGCUUUAGCUAUGAGCCGAGUUCGUUCAGGAAGGCCCUGUUGUUUAUAGGAUUGCAUGAGACCAUGGCCAACUGGUGCAGGGUGGUGGUGAAGCCAGUGGUGGACGACAUGGUUCUUGGGUUCCCUAGGGAGGAGAGGUGGACCGAGAGGGCAGCGGCAGCCACGAGCUUCGGUGGCCUGUGGUGGUGGAGGAUGAGGGAGGAAGUCGAGUCGCUGGUGGUGGUUCCCGAGGUGAAGAUGGAGCUCUUGAUGGGCGUCGGAGUGGCCGACUUUCUGGCUUGGUGGUUGUAUUACUUGACUGUGACUAUUGGGAUGGUCCAGAUUGUCAAGGGCUUCAUGCGGCUUGGAAUGACUUUUUCCAGAAGGUUCACCGGAAACUCUGGCGACGACAGCAAAUACUUUCCAGGACCCGGACCUGGUCUGUAUGGAGUGGAUAGGCACCAAUGGUCAGUUCAGCUCGAUCAUACUUCGACUCCACUUGGUCGAACAAUCCGAAUAGAUGUAUUAUAGUCACGGUGCAGGUCUAGGUAAGAACUUUCCCGCUCCUGGCCUUGUGCGAUUCCUAAGGCAAGGUCCGAAACUCAAUCUGCACGUAUGUCCAAUUUUCUUGCUGUCUCAUCAUUUCUCAUCAGUUUAGUGGUUACAAGAAAUAAGGAACAUCAAUGCAG